AUGAGAAGAACGGACGACAGAUGGACACUAAACUCUGGUUUGAUCCCUCCCGAAGAAAUCCUCGGGGAAGGCCACCGACCAGAUGGGCUGACGUAUUCGUCAACGGAUGAACCAGCUGGAUUCUCAGCUGAUUACGAUGGUCUUGUAUUGGCUCUUGGAUUCAUAUCAUCAUGUACGGAUAUGGUCAAGGAAGUUAUGGUUAUACGUAACGGCAUGCUCAACAUCAAUCUUGCAUUUUCCAGAAAUUACGGAUCGGCGUACACGGCUGCCGCAGCAGCAGCUGCUGUGUACGGGAAUUUAGGUGUUGGACAGUCUACGCAAGCCCAACAACAAUCAAGUAGUGUUUUCGGGUCUUCAACAACAAAUCCCUACGCUACAUACAGCAAUUCUGUUGCUGCGUCGUAUGGAUAUGGAAGCCAGUCCACGAAUGCUGCUUCCGUUUAUGCUGCUCAAGCUGCUCAGGCGCAAGUGCAAGCUUCCCAAGUAAGCCGCUUGUCUGCUGAUGCUGCAUACGCUGCAGCUGCUGGUGUCGCGCCUAGCCAAUACUCAGCUUUUGGCGCUGGACAGCUUGCAGGUAAUUGUCCCGCCUUUUUAGACUCCAAAGUGCAAGCAGUUCGAAAGUCUAACAUUGAAAUAUUGUCGGCAUUGCGAAAUAAUGGUAAGUUGGUGAGUAAAGGGGCAUUUUCAGUGGUUAGGCUUUUGGGAACGUAG